AUGGGGGUUGAAGCAAGUCGCCCUCCGGCUACUGCUCCCAUCGGCUCUUCAGAAAAGUCAGCGACUAAGGUCGCAAAUACCGCUCAUGCUCCGUGCGCAACCGUGACUGCUGUCAGCGCAGCCUCCAUUGGCGAGAUUACUCCGGGUCAUGUUAAAGCAACUUCCAGGGCCGAUGCGACUGCGUCUAGGAACAAGGUCGGGAUAUUCCACAAGGCGAUCAUGCAUGAAGACAAGACUACUGUUAUUGUGCCUAUGCCAGACCAUGUUCAGCUUAACACGUCCAGCGCGGUGGAUGCCGUGAGUGCCUUUUCUACAUCUUACCCUGAAUUACCACAUCUUCAAGUUGAGUUUGAUAAGACCGGAGCCACUAGCAUAGAGACACUCGGCUUUGAUUGCGCAUCAGUCACCCGCCAAGAGACAAAAUGCAACCAAGACUUUUAUGUUCCGGAAGCUGUACUACACAGACCUCCGUGUACACCGGGGAAUGAAACUGUCGUCUCCACAGGCUCCGGCGCUCCAGGGAAUAUUACUCCGCCAUUAAUCGAAAGACAAUUAUCUGUCAUACCCAAAGAGGAAUUUGUGCCUGUCGAACACCCGGCCAAUAAUUCCUUAGACUCAAUUUCAUCUGCAAUCAUUCCCGAAUCAUUUGAAGCAUCGGAAUCACUUUCUCUUGGUCGUGUACAGCAGCCAUUUGCAAAUGUUCUAUCUAAUGUCACCCAGCGACAUAUCACCACCGCAUCCACAGAAAUCAGUUUGUCUCCUUGCAAGAACAGCAUUAUCAUACCCGAUGUAGCAUCUACAAAUAACAUUCCUUCCGUCCUUGAAUCCGCCACUGAACACAGCAUGGAGAAUACCGACAGGACCUAUACAACUACUCCAAUCAAGACCGAAGGCACAGAGGUGCCUGUUGCUGUUACAUAUGCGGACGCCACAAACUUAGCCGCACGAUAUCCAGACCUAGCCUCUCAGAUCCUUGUUUCCCCACUGCGGCAGCGCACCACACAUCAGGAACUUGCCCUGACACCCGAACAUAAUUUGAUCGAGGAGGACCCGCCAAGCAAGCGAAGGCCUCGUCGUCACCGCAGGCACAGGAGUAAACGUUCUCGGGACAAUCAAGAAGAAUCGCAGCAACAAAGUCGAGGAUCCUUGCGGACCCCGGGACCUGAUCCUUCUGCACCCCGUCACAAGGAUCUCAGUCCCGUUUCUGGAUUGGUCGACCCGAAAGGGACCUCGGGAUUUCAUUCUGUGCACGAUUCUCGGCAGCCGGUUUGGUUGGUCGAUUCUGCGCUGUCGAAUCCAUCUGUGAAACGUGCCCCGUCAUUCCAGACGAAUCGGCAUACGGUUCCAGCAACACUACAAGAGAGAACGCGCAACCACCAACGAGAAAGUGGAGACACGAACUGGAACGCUCCCGCAGCCGAAAUUCAGCCUUCGACUUUACCUCCUAUGAGAAUUGCAACCCCGAAACGAGCUUUUGUCCAAGAACAACACAGCGCUAUGCUUCUACAGGGCGAAGAGCGUGUUGGUGCUACCAAGGCUAUGGAUCUGGCGACUGCUUCUAUCGGGCGACGUUCUAGUAACGCGGAGAUGUUGCUCACGGAGCUGUUUCGCAAGGCGAUGGAGACAAGUAGCUCCUCUGCGACGAAGCAUAGUCCUCUUAAGAAAUGUCAAGCUGAAGGGCCAGAUUCUAUCAAGGCACUCGUAGCAGAGACUGCACACCCAGUGAAUCAGGCGGAGAAGAUCAUGGAUGGUGACUCCCCUCGGGUCAAACUGCCAGCCCCGUCGACGCCUCCAAUGAGGACCUCUCCUAACCCUACAUGCAAGUCCCCAACGGCGUGGAUGGAACAAGAUCACACUAUACGCCAGAGUUACACACCCCCGGGCGCGCGGACGCAAGACUACACUUUACACCAGAGUUGCAUGCUUCCAGCAGCACGGACGGAAGAAGAUUACAUUGCACACCAGAGUUACUUGCCCGCAGCAGCACGGACGACGGAAGAUCACGCUACACCCCAGAACUACAAGCCUCCUCACCAGCGCCUUGAUAAGAACAAGUAUAACACGAUAACUACGCAGAACUUGAAGCCGCAUAUCCACCACCACGCUUCUUCACUGAAUAGGCAUUCGAACCCUUGCACGCCGCCUUCUCCAGGCGCAAUUGAGUUACUAGAAAAAAGUGAACGUAUCCGUCAUUUAGAACGACUUCUUUCAAGAGAGCAUGCUCUGCCGAUCAGCAUCCCCGGGCUUACUAUGCCGUCACUCAAGCCGGCCCAGAUGCUGCAGCCCAUCGGACCGUGGCGAGCUUCUGACGAAAAGGCGUUCCAUGAGCGCGGCGCGAUCAGUCCCGGUACUAGCACCAAUCAGUCCUUAGAUCUCGUGCGCGUAAUGGAGGCGAUGGGCUUGGACAUCUCUUCAAGGAAGGAUACUUUGGCUUCGCUCGGGAAUGGCAAACCAUCUGGCCGUCUAAGCGUGGUGGAGCAUAACAGCUUCGAUGGCGUGCGAAGGCAGUCAGAUACAAGGAUGGAGAAUGCCGUCGUGCGGACUGACUUUGCACGCGCGGUUCGUUCACAGGGCUUGAGGUCGCCACGCGGAGGCGGAGGAUAUAGGAGUGUGAGCGGUGAGACGGACAUACGGUGGACACGCUAUACAUAGAUGACGGCGAAGGUCCUAAAUACUUUUGACAUCUUGCGACCUCCAUUGGCGCUGUUAAUCUUACGUUGGCCCGUAAUUUUGGCGGAUGAGGUCGGGUGCACUCAAUCAAUCAAUA